GGCACCGCCGCUGUCUGUAGGCUCUCUGCCUUUGUUAGCCACACACCAACAAGAAAGACGGAGCCGCAUCCAUGCACUAGCAUAUCAUCAUUAUUAUUAUUAUUUUUUUUGGAAAAUGAUCAUCUGUACGAAUAAAAUGGAAUACCCCCUCAGAAGCCAGUGCCAGCGAGUCCAAAAACAGGCUAUGGUGAAUGCUGAGAAGGAGCGGGCAUCGCUACUGUUAAUGAAGGCCCUGGUCAGCAGGGGCAGUGAGGAUGCCUUGUCCCAGCAGAUGGCCUCUCAUCCUCAGUACUUGGAGAGUUUCCUGCGCACGCAGCACUACAUCCUGCACAUGGACGGCCCCCUGCCACUGCAAUACCGCCACUACAUCGCCAUCAUGGCUGCAGCUCGACAUCACUGUAGCUACCUAGUAUCCCUUCACUCAGCACAGUUCCUGAGGGUGGGGGGAGACCCUGUGUGGUUGCAGGGCCUGGAGGCAGCUCCCCCACGCCUUCGCCUCCUUGACCACAUCAACAAGGUGCUGGCCCACCAACCUUGGCUCACUGCCUGCUCACACAUCCAGACGCUGCUAAAGACAGGGGAGCAGUGUUGGUCACUGGCUGAGCUGGUCCAGGCUGUGGUGCUCUUGGCCCACUGCCACUCCCUCUGCAGCUUUGUGUUUGGCUCUGGCACAGACGCCGACUUCGCCCCUCUCCCCAAAUCUCCAAACGGCACCCCUCCAACCUACUGUGCCGCUGAUGCUGCCAAUGGCAAUACCAAUGUGCCUCUGUCUCUCACCACUUCCUCAGAGCAGAUCACACGACGACGGUCCCUGGACUCCAGCUGUGAGAUGCUGUCUCUAAAAGAAAGGAAUUACAAGUCCCAUGAGGAGAGGGAGAAAAGGGGGGAGCGGCUUCCACUGUCUCAGACACUCCAUCAAACAGACAUGGAAGAGGAGGAAGAGAUGAUUUGCUUCGCAGACCCUUCCCGCUUUAUCACAGACCCUGAUUUCUGUUAUCAGGAGUUUGCUCACAGGGAGGAGGACCACUUCCAAGUAUUCCGAGUGCAGGACUAUUCAUGGGAGGACCAUGGGUUCUCCUUGGUCAACAGGCUUUAUUCAGACAUUGGGCACCUGUUGGAUGACCGAUUCCGAAGUGUCACUGCCCUCCCCUCAUCCCACAGCCCCGACCUUACCAGGGCUAUUUGGAAUUACAUCCACUAUGUGCUAGGAAUACGCUAUGAUGAUUACGAUUAUGGUGAAGUGAACCAGUUGAUGGAGAGAGAUCUGAAGUUCUACAUCAAGGCUGUGACCUGCUUCCCAGAUGCCACCAGGACCCCAGUAUGUCCGCUGCGCUGGGCUCCACUCAAACCUUCAGAACGGAUCCAUGUGAAUUUGCUGAUUAUGGAGGCACGGUUGCAGGCUGAGCUUCUCUAUGCUCUGAGAGCAAUCACCCAAUACAUGAUUGCCUAGGCCCUGGGAGAUGCUCAAAAUCCAUCUCUCCAACAGUACAGACUGACUUCAGAGAUAGGAGGAUGGACCCUUCAGACAGCAGGCAGCGUGGGUGGGAAGAGACAGGUGGUUUAAAAGAUGUAGACCAGCACGGUUCUGCAGCCAUGCCUCACAAAUGUGCUCCUGUUUGUUGUUUUCCCCAAUUUUAUGCAUUUGUACUUACACACAUAGUGUGGCUUUGAUACUGCAGUGAAAGUUCUGCCUGAGCACUAAACAGUCUUUCUCUUCUCCCCCCAAUCUCUGGGUGCAUCUUCCCAUUCUUUAAGGAUGACUUGUGCUCUUCAAAUUCCGCAUUUUGACAUCCUCAGAUCCAGCAUCUCGGUCUCAAAGGUUAUGUGCAAUUGUUCCUGUAGUUGUUCUUAAUUUUUAUCAAUAUUGUUUUGUGUUUCAACUUAAUCUGUGACAAAAGCAGAGAGUGCUUCAUUGUAGCAAUGUGAUAAUAACCAGUGGCCAAUUUUCUCUCUCCUUUCUUGGUUUAUCAGUCUUUUUGUAUUCAACUAUACUUUUCCAAACAAAACAAAAAAAUAUUAUUCUUUUUUUUUGUACGAAUUGAGUGAAUGUUCUUGGGAGACCUGGCCAUAAUUUGUUUUGUGACAAUCCAAGUCAGUGUUGGUGGCGAUGUUUUUUUGUUUUUUUAAAUGGAGGGUGAAGAACUGUUGUUCUGCUCACAAGGCUCCCUCACAUUUCACGAAAGUACUGGUCAAGAACAAACAGAGGUGACACUGCUGGAAGAUAUCACAUCAAUAUAGUUUCUUUUAAUAAGCACUUUUUUAACUUUAUGUAUUUAUGAUGCAAGGUAGCUCAAUGGUAGGAACGAAGACCUACAGUGUGUUGGUCUGGCGACUGUCUACUAUAUAAAUGUGUGACAGACCCCCAAGUUAUUCAGUCUAGCACAAGACCGAGCAAUAUUCAUAACUGAAUGAUUCAUCUCUGCUGCAAAUUCAACUCGAGUGCAGACGCCAAAAGGCUUGGUUAACAAAACAAGUUUGCUGAGCCAUUCAAAACAGACAA